AUGCUCGAAAUCGCCGCCUUCACCGCCCCCUCCGCCAUACUCGCCUUCCAAUCCGGCGCCUCACGCAUCGAACUCUGCACCUCGUACCCCUUCGGCGGCAUCACUCCCUCCCUCUCCACGCUCUCCCACGUCCGCAGCGCAACCCGCCUACCCAUAACUGUCAUGAUCCGACCCCGCGGCGGCGACUUCAUCUACACCGCCUCCGAAUAUAGCACUAUGGAAUCCGAAAUCGCCAGCCUAAAAGAUCUGGCUGAUGGAUUCGUAUUCGGGAUUCUAGAUAAAGAAGGGAGAGUGGAUGAGGAGAGGUGCAAGCGGCUUGUGCGAUUGGCGGAGCCGAGGGCGUGUACGUUUCAUCGGGCGAUUGAUGCGGUGAGGGAUUUAGAGGAGGGGGUUGAGGCGGUGGUGAGGUGUGGGUUUAAGCGGUUGUUGACGAGUGGUGGGGAGAAGAGCGCGGUGGAGGGGGUGGAGAGGAUACGUGGGUUGCAGGAGGUGUUUGGGGAUAGGAUAGAGAUUAUUGCUGGGGGAGGUGUCAGGAGUGGGAAUGUUGCGGUUGUCAAGGGGACGGGGGUGCCGUGGGUGCAUUCUGCGGCUGUGACGGGGGAGGGGGAGGAAGUGGAUGGGGAGGAGGUUGGGAGGAUUAGGGGGGUGUUGGAGGGAUUGUAA